GCCAACUUUAGCGUCAUGGGGACGUCACCUUGCACCGUGGGCGAUGCGGAGUUCAUAAAAUGAGAUGGGGGGGACGGGAAAUGUAGAUCAGAUACAGAAGGAAAGUCUUGAUGGAGCAAUUAUCUCAACAAAACGUGAGGAGAACCUCUCGACUCGGACAAGAGCGAACCAGUUGCGCCGUGCAUCUGUCGUUAUUAAUGAUGAGCACCGCGCUGCUUGUAUUAGUGUUCGUUGUGCUUAGAGGAGGAUAUUCCCAAUCACCUGAUUCAAAGUCUGUGGUGAAUGGAGGCAGUCUUUCAUCAGCCCUCAGAAUCUGUCCACACAAGAAUAAAGUCAAAGCUGCUAUGCUCACAGCUCCUCACGACAAGAAGACAGUUGAGGAAUACCUUCUGUGGGAGAGUAAGAAUGGAAAUGCCCACCUUCAAGGAGGCUUCCGCUACUCCAAUGGAAGCUUAGUGAUUCCCACGAAAGGCUUGUACAGAGUUUUCCUGCAGCUCACUUACGAGAGCAACACCGAAUCGAAAUUUGAUCUGAAACUCUCCAACACGGUGGUCCUUUACCAUGAUUCUUAUCCCAGUGACGUGACUAUCCUGUCAUCCGUCGACACAGUAAGCCACAGCACAAAACAAUGGAGUAAAUCACUUCAUACCAGCGGCAUAUUUUUGAUGGAGGCUAACAGCAGACUGCGAGUGAAAUCGGCGAACGCCAACCUCAUUUCUUCGGAAGAACACCUGGUGUUCUUUGGGGCUGAACUUCUGUCUCAGUAAUGUGGUGAAAAUAGUCAAAUGUUGCACAAUAUUGAAUGGAAUGCACGAGUGUCAAACACAAGUCUCAGGGACCAGAUCUGGCCCGCCACAUCAUUUUAUGCUACAUAAAUAUAUACAUUGUAGUAUAUUGCAAUUGUAUUUUUUGUUACCAACCCCCCCUUAAAAUAAAUUGAAAAGUAGU